AUGCAAAACGGGGAAUUAAACGGAAGUGGAGAAUAUAAGGACAAACAGGGAGGGGGUGCCGGACUUCCUCUGACAAAAGUUGAAAACAAUGAUGGAAAGAAAGUAUUAACUAAUGGCAUGAGCAGAGUUCAUCGGAUUUUAUCUGAGGAUGAAAUUAAUCAAGGAAAAACGACACGUUGGACUGAGCUCGAAAUUCACGUGUUCUGUUGCAACGCCGCUCUUUUCAAUCAGCAAAUGUCAUACUUUAAUUCAUUUGGAUAA